ACCAAGUAGCCAUUUUAAGGUGCUCUUGGGCUGAAAUAGGCAAUGAGAACGAGGUAGCCAUUUUGAGACACUCGUGGACUAGAGAGUCGGUGAUAACCAAUUUGCCUUUUUGCGGCACUUGUGGGCCAGGGAGUCACUAAGAGCCAGGUAACCACUGUGAGGCACUCGUGGACCAGAGAAUUAGUGAGAACCAGUUCGGGUGAAGGAAUCACCAUUUCCAAAGGACCGGAGAUCUCCAUCUACUUGUCAAGAACAAGAAGAUAAACAACAAAAGCAGAAAAUGAGUGAAAUAGGAGACAUAGAGGCCAAUGCCAAGGAAAAUCCACAGAAUUCUCCUGAAGUGGCUGAAGUAGCUGAUGAAGGCCAGGAGAUGGCUCAGGUAGAGGAAGACAUGAGAUCUGAAGUGCCAAGACAUGUCAUUGCCUGGUUGAAGGAUACAAUUGAUGAAUUUGAGCAAGAAUUGAAAUUAGUGAAAAAAUGCCAUGAGAAAAUUAAAAAAGAGCUAACAGAAAUUAAAGAAUCCCGUGAAGAAUUGAUCCUUGAAUUUGAAGAUGCAAAGAAUGACCAUGAAGAGCUUAAGUCAAAGAUGACUGAUAUGGAAUACAGAAUUGAAAAUCUGCAAGAAUUAAUGGAUACUGCCAAUGGAAGACUUACUGCCAUGGAAACCAAGAUCAUUGAAAACAUAUUAGAGGUGGAAAAACAAGCUGAAAAAACAACCGGGCUGCUGAAAGAGUUGGAGAACAUUCAACAUCAGGUGGAUGGCCUAGAAGCUGAAGCAAUACAUGGUAUUAAUUAACAUUGGAAAAGUUCAAAGAAAUUUGUUUGGCCAUGUUUUUCUUUAGAUUAGUAAAUGCCUAUCAGAAACAGCCUCUUGGGAUUCAAAGUUAGUUUAGAGUUAGUUCAUCUUCUACCAAAUGUUCUAAGGACUUCCGUUUUCUGGCCAACGAGUGAAUGACAAUGUCAUAUUUUCUCUUGUAGUAUUGAAAAAAUUAAAAAAAUUGAU